UGCCGCUGUCCAGCCUCCCUGCGCACCCCAGAUGAGGACCCUGAGGCGCGCGGCGGUCGCAUGGCGUGCUCGAGGCCCCUCAGCCAGUGUGAGCCCACAUCACUGUCCCCUGGGCCACCUGCGGGACACUGGCCCCUGCCCCUCAGCAGACGCCGGAGAGAGAUGAGUAGCAACAAAGAGCAGCGGUCAGCAGUGUUCGUGAUCCUCUUUGCCCUCAUCACCAUCCUCAUCCUCUACAGCUCCAACAGUGCCAACGAGGUCUUCCAUUAUGGCUCCCUGCGAGGCCGCACCCGCCGGCCCGUCAACCUCAAGAAGUGGCGCAUCUCCGAUGGCUACAUCCCUAUUCUUGGCAACAAGACGCUGCCCUCCCGGUGCCGCCAGUGUGUGAUUGUCACCAGCUCCAGCCACCUACUGGGCACCAAGCUGGGCCCCGAGAUCGAGCGGGCGGAGUGCACCAUCCGCAUGAACGACGCGCCCACCACGGGCUACUCUGCCGACGUGGGCAACAAGACCACUUUUCGCGUGGUGGCCCAUUCCAGCGUGUUCCGUGUGCUGCGGAGGCCCCAGGAGUUCGUCAACCGGACCCCCGAAACCGUGUUCAUCUUCUGGGGUCCCCCUAACAAGAUGCAGAAGCCCCAGGGCAGCCUCGUGCGCUUCAUCCAGCGGGCAGGCCUGGUGUUCCCCAACAUGGAGGCCUACGCCGUCUCUCCCGGCCGCAUGCGCCAGUUUGACGACCUCUUCCGGGGUGAGACAGGCAAGGACAGGGAGAAGUCCCACUCGUGGCUGAGCACAGGCUGGUUCACCAUGGUGAUUGCGGUGGAGUUGUGUGACCACGUGCACGUCUACGGCAUGGUCCCUCCUGACUACUGCAGCGGCCCCGCCUGCAGCGCAUGCCCUACCACUACUAUGAGCCCAAGGGGCCCGACGAGUGUGUCACCUACAUCCAGAACGAGCACAGCCGCAAGGGCAACCACCACCGUUUCAUCACCGAGAAGAGGGUCUUCUCAUCCUGGGCCCAGCUCUACGGCAUCACCUUCUCCCACCCGUCCUGGACCUAGGCCGCCCUCGAGGGACCGGGGAGCGGUGUCCGCCCCGUCCUGGACGCGCCCUCCUGGCCAGUCGAGGCUGGCCGAAGUGUGCCCUGGCCAGUCAGGGCUGACGGGGGGUCCUCCGGCCAGUCAGGGCCUUGCGGGGUGAUGCCUCCAGCCAGUCGGCGCAUGGGGGUAUUUUGUGGCCAAUCAGGGUCUCGGGCUUCUGCGCGGUUCGUCAGGGGUGUCGAGGUGUUUCUCGCGCAGUCAGGGUCAGAGCGCGUCAAUCAGGGUAUUUCCGAGCGGUCGGAGGCUGAGGCCUGCCCCUUCCCAGCAGCCUCGGUCAGCGCCCCAGGACGGCCGGCGCCCUCUCUUCUGGCGGGGUCGCUGGGUCCUGCCCCACGGAGGUGGGCCUUGAUGCCCCCCUCGCCUUCCAGAGCCGGAAGAGCCGUCUGAGGCCGGCGGGAUGGGGGGC